AUGCUAGCCGAUGCCUAUGACUUUCUACUUAAGUUACUACUAGUGGGUGAUUCAGGUACAGGAAAGUCAUGUCUCUUGCAUCACUUUCUAGAGAACCAAUUCAAGAAUGAUUCCGUCAAUACGAUUGGAAUGGAGUUUGGAACCCGUAUUAUUCACAUUGCAGACAAAUCUAUUAAACUGCAAAUAUGGGACACCGCAGGACAGGAACGAUUUCGAUCACUCACAAAAAGCUAUUUUCGUGGUGCAGCCGGAGCGUUUGUUGUCUAUGACAUCUGCAACAGAGACACAUUUUUGGGCGUCCGUUCCUGGCUCACCGAUGUCCGAUCUCUUGCCAAUCCAGAGCUUGUGAUUAUCCUAGUCGGAAACAAGAACGAUCGUCAAGAAGAACGAGAAGUAUCAUAUCUAGAAGCAAGCCGGUUUGCACAAGAGCAUGAAAUGAUGUUCUUGGAAGCAAGUGCCCUUUCAGGUGAUGGAGUAGAGGAUAUCUUUUUCAAAUGUGCACGGUCAAUUCUUAGUAAAAUAGAGACCGGUCAGAUUGAUCCAGAGAGGAGUGGGAGCGGUGUACAGUUUGGUGACUCUAGCUUGAGACGAAUGACACAACGCACUCGGACACGGAGGAAGGAGCGGUCCUGUUGCUUCUGA